GUGUGGAGGAAAGAGUGUCGGGUGGGUGGAGAGGGUCAGGGGUACAUGGCAAGACUGAGUCCAUGGAGUAGGGGGCAGGUGGGAAGCAGCCUAGAGGAGAGUGAGGAGUGAGAGGGAGGCCAGGGUUAAAAGUAGGCAAUUCUAAGAAUGCAGCUGUGAAGGGGAAAUGAGGAGGGCAGCUGGAGAGGUUUUUUAAGCCUGGAAGCAAGUGGUGGUUGGAGUCCACCCCCUAUCUCCCCAAGGUAGGAGGAGAGCAGGAGAGAACAGAGCCAAAAGGAGGGCUCAGGGCAAGUUGUGGAAGGAUGUGAUAAGGGCUUGUGUCCAGGAUGGAGGCUGUUCCCGGGUUCCGGGAGCCCAUAUCAGGCUGCCAUUUCCUCCCCAUCCCUACCCUCUUCCUGCCCUUAAUCAGGCCCUCCCUGGAGCUGGAAGACAGAAGGACCAAGUCGCACCCUGGAAGAAGCUCUGUGUCUCCGGAGGUUCUUCUGCUGGUCACCAUGUCCCUCCUCCUCUUGCUGUUCCUGCUGCCAAGCCCUUCACACCCCAUCCCCAUCUGUGAAGUCGGCAACAAGGACAGCCAGGUAGAAGUGAACUGUGAAAAUAAGGGACUGAAGGCACCGCCUCCAAACCUGCAGGCCGACACCGCUAUCCUCCACCUGGGUGAGAACCCCCUGGGCACUUUCUCCAUGGCAUCCGUGGUGAAUCUGCCCCACCUCACUGAGCUGUUCCUGGGUAAGAGCCAGCUGACCAGCCUGCAGGCAGACGCGAAACUGCCGCGGCUGGAGGUCCUGAAUCUAGUCCACAAUAAGCUGAGAAGCCUGCCCGAGCUGGGACAGGCACUGCCAGCUCUCUCUAUCCUGGACGUGUCCUUCAACAAGCUGACCUCGUUGCCUCCUAACGCUCUGCGUGGCCUGAGCCACCUCCACGAGCUCUAUCUGCGCGGAAACCAGCUGAGGACUCUGCCCCCUGAGCUCCUGGUGCCCACACCCCGCCUGAGGAAGCUCAACCUGGCUGAAAACGACUUGCAAGAGCUGCCCUCUGAGCUUCUAAAAGGGUUGGAGGAACUUGACACCCUUUACCUCCAAAAGAACAGGCUGCGCACGAUACCAACGGGCUUCUUUGGGAUGCUCCUCCUGCCUUACGCUUUUUUCCAUAACAACUCCUGGUCCUGCGACUGCGGGAUCCUCUAUUUCAGCCGCUGGCUGCAGGACAACCCCAGCAACGUGGGUCACCAACAACCAGGCCACCGCGAGCAAGUUCCAAGUCAAGAAUCAGAAGUUUCCUGGGAGCUCAGGGAUGCUACUGAGGGUAUCUGCCUGCAGCCCGCAGUACUAGGCCAGAAGACAGCUCUUGAGCUUGGCCACCGACGACUUCUGUGCACCAAUCCACCUAAUGGUCCGGCUUCCCCUCUCCCAGCAAACACUUCACUGCCUGUGCUCCUGCUAUUAGGCUCUGCAGAGAUUACCGGCUCCUCAGAGUUUCCCUAAGCCUUUGCUCUCAGAGGGCCAGAAAUGCUUCCCCGCCCUGCUUCCCUGACCAGUUGGUUACUGUGCAGUCUCUCCUGGCCCAGACCGGCCUGGGUGCUUCAUGUCACCCUGCAAUGGUCUGCUGGUGACUCUGUUUCUGUGUCACUCUCCUCUCUCUGGAUUUGGAACUCAUUAAGGACAAGAUCCAGGCUUCAAGUGUCCCUAAGCAGCUCCUGCGGCCCAGGCCAGCAGUGUGCAGAGCGGGUAAGACAAGAGGCAGAGGUGGGAGGACCGGGCUGCACCGCCAGGCUGUUGAGCUCAACUUCUGCUUCUACUGACGGGUUCUGCCAAGGGGACAGCUCUCAGCUGCUGCCUGCCUGUUCUCUGGCCUGGCUCCGGAGAAGCCUUCAGGCCUCAAGCACCAGGCUCUUCUUCCAACUGACCUUCCUAUGUCCUUUUAUGUCCUAAGAGGUUUCUAAACUUCUUGAGGGCAGGGCCUGGUAUCUCACAUCUAAAGAAACAAAGAAGGCAAUCACCCUCCCCAGCCUGUGGCCCAGAUCAAGUCUCCAGCAAACAUCUUCCCCUUCCUAAGCCUCCAGGCUCUGGGGGCCUGACUGUGUGUCCACUCCAUGACCUGCUCCCCGCUGACCGCCCCCAACCUCAAAGGUCAGCCUUCUCCUCUCAGGCUGUAAUCCCUCCCUCUUCAGGCUGCAGAAGCAGUCACCAGACUCCCAAGGCUCUUCCUGGGGAUUACA